GGUAAUGUGACUUUAUUCUAGGUCUAUUGGUUUUAUUCUCAUAUUAUUUUUGAUAUUUUUUUCUGGUAAUAUGACUUUAUUCUGGUGAUAAUUAAUUAUUAUAGUCUGGCCCUAAUUUACCAUGUAGCACUGUUAUAUUUGUGUGUCGUGUUAUUUUCGCGCCUGGCCUCAGCCUUCUUUUUGUGGCACUGAUCGCCUUCCAUACCACUCCGGUGGAUGCGCUGACUCCAGAGGCGUGGAUUCCCCUCAUCUCCGCCGUCUUCUUAAGGUGAAAUCAGCUCUUUUGUGCCUUUAACUCGACUGAACCCGUCUGUCGGCGCGGAGACAUGUUGUUAGCCUUCCGUUUUUUAUAAAACAUGCUCCGUGAAGGUGUUUCUAAUAAUAGCAGGUCGUGUUUUUCCCACACCGCUGCCGCCGCCUUCUUGCAUUAUGGAUGCCUGUGGAAUGGUGUCCCUUCAAGAUAGCGUGGGAAUAUCUCAGUAGCAGCUCCAGCAUCCACCGGGCCGCCCGCGGCUGAGAGGGGAGUCCAGGGRUACCGGAGGCUGGACUGGCCGCAGUCCGGGUCCAGGCUCCUCCUGUGCGCGCGCGGGGAUGCGGAGGACUUCUCUAAUCCCUGCGCGUCGGCUCUGACUCCACGAUGCGGGAGUACAAGGUGGUGGUCCUGGGCAGCGGCGGGGUGGGCAAGUCGGCGCUGACGGUUCAGUUCGUCACCGGCACGUUCAUCGAAAAAUAUGACCCCACCAUCGAGGACUUCUACCGGAAGGAGAUCGAGGUGGACUCCUCUCCGUCGGUGCUGGAGAUCCUGGACACGGCGGGCACCGAGCAGUUCGCCUCCAUGAGGGACCUUUAUAUCCGGAACGGCCAGGGCUUCAUCCUGGUCUACAGCCUGGUGAACCAGCAGAGCUUCCAGGACAUCAAGCCCAUGAGGGACCAGAUCAUCCGGGUCAAGAGGUACCAGCAGGUGCCAGUGGUGCUGGUGGGCAAUAAGGUGGACCUGGAGGAUGAGCGAGAGGUGUCCCCCAGCGAGGGCCAGGCGCUGGCCGAGGACUGGGGCUGCCCCUUCAUGGAGACGUCGGCCAAAAGCAAGACGAUGGUGGACGAGCUCUUUGCCGAAAUCGUCAGGCAGAUGGACUUCUGCCCUCUGCCCGACCGGAGAGAGACCUGCUGCCCCCCCUGCAGCGUCCAGUAGCAGCCAGACAGAAAAUAGAUCCACGUUAAAGAGUUAGAAAGGGGGAAAAAUAAGAAUAAAAAAAGAAUCCACUUUUGCUGUUUCUACCUGCUUACUGUAUUUGAACCUGCUCUCUGAACAAGAGGCAUUUUGGGAAAUGUAGGAAGUUAGAUUGUGACUGAAGGAAUGAGCAACACUUGACCUCCAGCAUCCUGAUCAUGUAGGAGUGAGUUUCCCCGAAGCACCGUGGUGCCAAAGCCAUCAACCAACAGGAUCGUGGUGCUAAAAUGCUUUAGGGAAAGCARCCAUAAGACCCAAACGGGUCUUUCGUAGCUCCUCUGUUUUCUUCCGCUUGUGUUGUUUCUGUUCUUCCUCUCUGCACCUUCCUUGUUUGACGGUGUGAGACGGACAGAUCCGUCACGUCGCACCAAAAGUAAAUUUCACAGCAGGUUCGCCUGAAUACGAAUGAAUGAAAAAGAUGAAGGAAUGUCUAAAAACUACAAUUAAAAACGCACCUUUUUUUGUGGGGGGGUUCACGCCGAAGAUCCCAAAUGUGGACAUGCUGAGGAGGACGUGUGCAUGAAGCUGUCACGCUGACAUCGAGUACAAUCAACCUCACCCAAAGAGACAGGAAGGUUCAAAACGUUUCCGGGACACUUUUUAUUUUGUUUGUGUUUUUUGUGUCUUUUUCACACCGCAGACGAUACAAAUGCCUUGUUUCAUGUAGAAGAUGAAGAACCGUGUCGGUGCGUAGCUCAUGUAAGCGAAGUCACAGCAGAUAUGUUAGUAGUUUGAUGUCAGACACUUUUUUUCCAAAAAAAAAAAAAAGAAAUAAAACUUUAUGCACAUGA